CUAGGUUUGUCUCCAAGUCAAGGUUGUCUCUCCCUAUUCUGUUUCUCCCUGCCAAUGUGUGUAGGAGUCUUAUCUGUAUGUCCUCGGUAGUUAGUGUGUAAUGUGUGUGCGUUCGUGUCCUCACUGGAUGUUGUGUCCGAACUGAAGGCUAGCACCUGUGGCUAGGAAGUAUCCUAUUUUGACAGUUUUGUGGAUGAUUUAAUUAUAACAUCGUUGACUACGACGUCCCACCCACUACGGAAGUCCAGUGCGAAGCGACAGUGUAGCUAGCAAAAAGACGCUAGCUAGUGAAGAUGGCGGCGGUUUCUAUGCAGGGCUGUAGCCCAAACCCAGCAAGAGAACUUACCCUUUCAACACAAUCUGGGGGAAACCAGGCUCUUGCAGAUCGGGUAAAAGCUGAAGAAGGGACAGAAGCCGAGAAGCAGAGUCGCGUGAACGCUCUGCUGGAGAGACUCCAUGCCAAACACAAUGCCUCACGGCCUUGGCAGGAGACCAGCAAGGUGGUGCGCCAGGCCAUGGAGAAACGUGGUCAGAUGAAUGCGGCUGGACACCAGCUCCUGCUCACCUGUCUAGAGACCCUGCAGAAAGCACUGAAAGUGUCCUCCCUGCCGUCCAUGACAGAUCGCUUGGAGUCCAUCGCUCGACAGAACAUGCUGGGGUCCCAUCUGAGUCCUUCGGGGACAGAAUGUUACAUCACUUCAGACAUGUUCUAUGUGGAGGUGCAGCUGGACACGGCUGGUCAGCUGGUGGAUGUGAAGGUGGCCCACCACGGAGAGAACCCAGCGAGCUGUCCGGAGCUGAUUCAACACCUGAGGGAUAAGAACUUUGAAGAGUUCUCCAAACAUCUUAAGGGCCUAGUCAACCUGUACAAGCUUCCUGGAGACAAUAAGCUGAAAACAAAGAUGUACCUGGCACUUCAAUCCCUCGAGCUGGAUCUUACCAAGAUGAUGCACAUGUUCAGGUUAGCCACCAACGCUAACACGGUGGAGACCAUCCUUCAUGGGAGCGUGGGUCUGCUGACAGCCAGGAGCGGUGGCCAUCUUGUCUCCCUCCAGUGCUACGUGUCCCCGUACGAUGUGUUCGAGGAAAGGACAGGCUCGCAGCUCAACUUCACCGACACAAAUGUCCCUCGCUCUCUGGGUGUGAGUGUAUCUGUGACGGUGGAGGGGACCUCGUCAAUCUACAAGCUACCCAUCGCCCCCCUCAUCACGGGAUCUCACCCAGUGGACAACAAGGGAACCCCCUCCUUCUCGUCUGUGACCAACUCCAACUGUGUGGACCUUCCUGCCUCUUUCUUCCUCAAGAUGAACCUGCCCAUGCCCUUCUCCCUCUCCUUCAUCCAGAGGAUGGGCAAUGCUACAGGGAUUCCUGUGUUUGAGACACCACCCACCCUGUCGCCCCUCUACGAGCUCAUCGUCCAGAAUCAACUCCAGGAGGAGGGGGGGAACCCCGUGACCACCCCCACACACGCCAUGCGCUUCUACGCUUCGUUGCCCGAUCAGCAGCACUGCUACUUCCUGAAUGGCGACGCCCCGGUGCAGGACGGGCACUCACUGCAGGGGACACUGGUGUCCAAGAUCCCCUUCCGCCACCCAGCCCAGGUGCCCGCCCUACUGGAUGUUAUCAGGCACCAGGCAGCCGCCAACACACUGAUUGGCAGCUGCGUCAAGCGCACCUUCAUCAAGGAUGACACUCCAGGACUGCUACAGUUUGAGGUGUGUCCUCUGACCGACUCCAGCUUCAGCGUCUCCUUCCAGCACCCUGUUAACGAGUCCCUAGUCUGUGUGGUUAUGGAGGUGAUUGACUCCAGGCAGGUGUCCUGUAAGCUGUACAAAGGCCUAUCCGAUGCCUUGAUCUGCACUGACGAUUUUAUCACCAAAGUGGUCCAGAGGUGCAUGUCCAUCCCUGUCACCAUGCGGGCCAUCCGGCGGAAAGCGGAGACCAUCCAGGCAGACACGCCGGCCCUCUCCCUGAUUGCAGAGACGGUGGAGAUCAUGGUGAAAAAGAACUUACCCCCUGCUGGAAGCCCCGGGUACGGCAUGGGCACAGGGGUUGACCCCACCAACCCCAUGGGGCUCCCGGGUGUCGGUGGAGGCAACACUCCCACCGGGAACAGUGGGGGAGGUAACUUUGCCGGCCCAAUCACAUCUCUGUUCGGGAUAAGUCGCAGCCAAAGCCAGGGGGGAGAGUGUACACCCCAGGGUGGGGCAGCUGGACAGCAACAGCAGGGGGGUCAAUCAGGGGACGACUUCAGCAAAGUGACCCAGAAUCCCAUUCUGACCAGCUUGCUGCAGAUCACGGGCGCUGUGGGCACUAGCCCCACUCCCCAGAACAGCUCUUCCGGAUCGCAACCCCACCAGACUCCGCCUCCCACCUCCUCCCCUGCCACCAACACCAAGAACCACCCCAUGUUAAUGAACCUGCUGAAAGACAACCCCGCCCAGGACUUUGCUGCCCUCUAUGGCUCGAGUCCCCUAGAGAGGCAGAACUCUUCCUCUGGGUCGCCACGCACUGAUGGCAUGGGUGGCACGUGCCCCGGAGGUGGCACCAAGGGCAAGAAGAAGCGUCCCAGAGGGAUGGAGAAGGGUGGGGUGCCUGGGGCAGGAGGAGGGGGGAUGGGAGGGAUGAACAAGCAGCAGUCUGGGUCCAUGCAGCCUCACCACCACCAGCACCAGCCCACCGAGGACGACUUCCACCGCGAGCUCUUCUCCAUGGACGUGGACGCCUCCCAGAAUCCCAUCUUCGACGUCAACCUGCCCGGCGAUGGCUUGGACACGCCCCACAGCAUCACCCCGGCGCCCAGUCAGUGCGGGACCCCGCCUUCCGGGGCCGGAGUGUCCUACCACUCGCAGUCACAUGUCCAGUCCCAGCAACAGCAGCAACCACCUCCGGGAUCAUCCUUGCCUCGCAUGGUACGCCUAUCGAGCUCCGACAGCAUCGGCGCGGACAUAAACGAGAUCUUGUCGGACUUACCCGAGCAGACAGGUAAAGGCGGCAGCGGUUCGCACGGGCAGCACCACCUGGGCAGCGGGGAGGAUGGGGGCCCCCUGGGCACCCCGCACCGCGACUCGUCCAGCUCGGGACAGGGCAGCGCCGUGUUCGAGGCGGACAUCUUCAACACCAACAGCAAUGAGAACCCCUUCACGAACGCCGCCGACCUGAUCGCCGAGGCGACCGCCACCACCCCUACUAGCGACUCCUCGUCCACCAACUUCUUCCCCGACACGGUGGACUUCAACCCCGAGCUGCUGACCUCCAGCCACGGCUUCCCCCAGGCCUACUUCGACGACAGCUCACCCAGCGCCGAUGGAGACCUGGACCUGGUCAAAGGCUUCGGUGGGAGCAGCCAGCAGAACACGCCGUCCGGCACCCCCCAGAAUCCCACCCCGCACGGCCAGAGCACCCCCGACCCCUCCCUCAAGGACCCCUUCGACAUUUCUGGCAUAGUGUUCGGGGGCAACAGCGGAGGGGGCAAGCCACUGCUGGGUCAGGCCCUGGAUCUAGGGGACUCGCACCCGUCCCACAUGGGAGGAGGCCAGAGCCCUCUCAUGAUGGCCAUGGGAGGGGGGAGCAGUGACUUCAAGAGUGGCGAGGCCAAAGCCAAACAGCAGCAGCAGGGACUUAUGAGGGCGAAGGAUGACAAUGGGGGCGGGAGUGGGCGCAGCUCAGGGAUGGGGAUGACUGGCAGCAGCUCCACUGAGGGGAAGCAGGUGAAGCGAAGCCGCACCCCUUCCAGCGAGGGCAAGUCCAAAGACAAGCCCCCCAAACGCAAAAAGCUCGAUCCCGACGGGAAGUCCCCAUCUCACAGCACAGGGGGGCGACCCUACACCCCACCCAGCGGAGGCUCGGGAUCUGGAGGCAGCAUUGGCGGAGGAUCCAAGUCUCCCGGUAGCUCCGGGAGGUCGCAAACCCCACCAGGAGGUGCCACACCACCUAUCCCUAAGAUCACCAUUCAGAUUCCCAAAGGAACACUGUCUGGUGGGAAAACUUCGUCCCAUGGCGGGUACACCUCAAGCAGUUCGGCGGGUGGUGGCACGGGGGGAGCAGGCAGCACUAGCGGAAGCAAGAGCCAUCAUUCUCACUCCUCGUCUUCCUCAGGCAAGAUCAAGAGUAAGGAGGGCACCUUGGGCCAAGGCAUCAGCUCCAAGCCUGGGAGCGUGGGAGGGGGUGUUGGAGGUGGACCCCCUCAGAUGAAGAGCUCUUCUCAGGGAAUGGGUGUGGGGAAGCCAGGCUCUUCUCCCAUCACCAAACAUGGACUCUCCGGGUCAGGAAGCAGUUGUGGCGGGGUUGGAAGUGGGAAUAAGAUGAAGCCGCAGGGGGGCAAGCCUCCCGGGUCCCUCAUGAACCCCAACAUCAAGCCCAACAUUUCCCCCUCGCACUCUCGCCCCAGUGGCUCUGACAAGCUCUCUUCCACCAUGAAGAUGCAGCAGUCGCAAGUCCCAGGAACUCCGCCAUCCUCCAAGGCCAAGUCCCCCAUGGGCUCAGGGGGCGGCGGCUUGGUAGGGUCCAAGUCGUCCUCCGGUGGGGGGAUGGGCUCCCAGAAGCAGCUGGGCGGUGGUGGUUCCUCUUCCGGCUCCUCGUCUUCCACCUCCUCCUCCAGCUCCUCUUCCUCUGGCUCCAUGCCCUUCUCUGGAGGCUCCCAGUCUCAGUAUGGCUCUAGUGGUGGCGGAGGGGGUGGUUGUGGUGGCGGACAAGGGAACAACGCGAACAACCCCAACGCCAAAGGAAAGUCCCCCAGCCGCAACAAGAAGCCCUCGCUGACUGCAGUCAUAGACAAGCUGAAAAGCGUCGGCGGGGGAGGGGGUCCUGAAGACGAGGGAGAUCCGCCUGUUGGUAGCAGUGGUGGGACUGGUGUAGGCGGACCAGGGGGCGGGCCACCAAACCUCGGCCCCUCCUCCAAGCACGGAAUGUCCUCUCAAGGCGGGGAGUACCCGAUCAAAAGGGAAAAGUCUGAGAAAGAGGGUAAGUCCAAAGUGUCUGUGUCGGUGGGUGCCAGCGGGGACAAGAAGCUCAUAGAUCCCAAAACUGGAGGCGUAAGCAGCACAGGCGUGGCCAAGAUCAUUAUCAGCAAGCCGGACGGCGGCUCACCCAGCAUCAAGGCCAAGGUGACCCUGCAGAAGCCCGGAGAGGGCUCGGGGGAAUCCAUGCGCCCCCAGCUUUCCGGUCUCAAAGCCUCACCCCUGUUCAGCGGCUCUACGCCCAAGCACGACCGCUCUUCCCCCAGCCACAGCCGCUCGCCGGGCUACACACCGCUCAACCACGACAGCGAGAGCGAAUCAGGCAGCAGCUCUGUGGCAGAGAAGUCCCACCAGAACAGCCCUAGCUCGGACGACGACCAGUCCAUGAGGCCCGUGCCCCCGCAGGACUACAUGAGCUCCAUGCCGCUCAGCUCAGGGGAGAAGCACAAGAAGCACAAGAAGGAGAAGAAGAAGCAGAAGGAGAGGGAACGUGAGAGGGACAAAGAUAGAGAGAGGGAGAAGAAGAAGUCGUCGUCUAUGUCAACUGGGAACGUUUCGCACGGUCCCAUGAAGGCUGACAGCUGGUCGCGGUCACCCAUUUUGGCCUCGGAUACGUCUCUCUCUAUGAUGGGCUCGGACCGUCCCUCCCGCCCCAGUCCUGUCUACAUGCGGAAUGAGGACGAUGACCUCAUGGACUCGGCCCUCACUGGCAACUUAUAACCCUUUCAAUAGACACACAUUUGAUUUGGAUUUUAAAGGCCAGCCUGUAACUUUCAUUUCCAAUCAAAAGUCACGCCCCUGGGGGUUUAAAGAGACAGACCAAUAAUGUGAAGGUUGCUGGUUCAAAUCCCGGGCCAGGCAAUGAAAAGUGGGAGAUUAGCAUACAGAUUGCUGUACAGAUUCCAGGUGUACCAUCUUCUGCCGUUGUGCCCUUGUGCAAGCAAGGCCCUUUAUCCAUAAAUAGCACGAGUAUUGCUAGUGGCAGCACUUUUGACAUGAAAUGAGAACUUACAGAAUGUGCCUUUUCAUAAUCUUGACUGCAACUCUUCCCUUGGUGUCCAUGCCAUAUUUGCAAAGACUGGCAGAACUCUUAGCAGUAGGCCAUUUAUCAAGCAGAUCUUUGAAACGCGGUCUGAAGCUCUACCAGUGUACCUGUUUUUUCUUUUUUUAAUGUGUGUCUUUUAACGUAUCAGUAUAUGUCCAAGAAUGACAAAUACAGCAGGAUUCAACUUUGAAAUCCAAGUGUGUACUACAGCCAUAUUGUUACCUCGACCCUAGACAUGGAGAUGCCAAUUUCUACUGUGAUGUGGGUGGAGGGUGAGGCAUUUUGGAAUUAAAGGGAUAGUUCACCCAUCACCUAAUUUGGGUGAACUAUCCCUUUAAGAAAGUCCACACGUACCCAACGACACACGGUAUCUGUUUCAGUCUGUACGGUUUAUUUGAGCUAAGAUGUUGGUUGUAUUUGAAGUUAGAAUAUCUUUUAGAUUCAUUAUUUUACUCUAGCAGCACCAAACAUAGAAGAUUGCGGCUCUGUUUUUGAUUGGGGUGGGGGCGGGGUUAAAAAGUUAAGACUAGCAUUUUGCACCAUGUUUACAAAGAAAAAAUAACAACAUGUAAAAGAAUAUAUAUAUUUUAAAUAUUUUGUUUUUACAAAGUAUCAUUCGGCAAGGGUUGUAACAUCUUGUGUGUUUAAAUGCCUUAAAUGUGGAUUUAGAAUAUUGUGAAUUUUAGAUUUUGAUACCUCUUUUAACAUGUAAUGGGCAGAUUAGUGUUGAGAUGUAGAACCUUUUUUGCAGAGAAGUUUGGCAAGCUUAAAAUAAAUAUUUAAAUGCUGAA